GGACUUAACAAUAACAAGGUGUAAGGUGAGCAAGUUGUGAAACUAGACGAGGCUUUGUUAAACAGAACAAAAAUUUUCAGGAUUCAUUCUAUCCAUCUUUGUUGUUGUUCAAGUUUUCGCUGAAUACAACAUCAGAGUUGCGAGUACCAUUUUUGUUGCAUGUAUAAUGUACUACUAGUCGUAGUCGUUGGCGUUGUGACUUUCAACUUGCUUUUGUGUCGGACGAAAUCGAAAUCGAAAUAGUCAAAAAGAAUGAACACUGAACUCGAACUUGCUCAGGAGCUGCAUGGCCACGAGAAGGCCGUGCGGUGCAUGACCACGCUCAAGAAUGGAAACAUUCUGUUAUGUGAGUGGAAGUCGAGCUUUGAUCAUGAGUCGAUGGAUAAUAUAGAAUUUUCUCCAGAGAAGUGAGACAAAGUUGAUUAUAGUUGUCUAGUUCUAGUACACUCGUCGCGGCACUCACUAAAACUUCUAGGAUAGGGGACUGUCGUUUCCCUUUCGGAAAUGGUAGGAGCUGAUCUUCGUUGCAAAUUAUGAAUUCCUAAUUCUCGUUGUCCUUGUACUUUACUUCUAGGGCCUUUCUAAUUCUCACCGGUGGCGUCGAUGCCCUCGUCUGUAUGUGGAAGGCGGUUUAUGACGAGGGAACCAAAAAGCUGAAGCACUUCGACUUGGAAAAACGCUUACACCACCAUUCAGACUUCGUCUACUCGUUAUGCGAUGGUGUUGGAGAUGAGUACUUCUACUCUGGAGGUAAGGAAAAAACGAUCUUCAAAAUGGGAUACGAUGGGCUGCGACAAUUGCAAUUCUUCGGUCACGAGGGAGCUGUCUGUAGCUUAGCGGAAAGAGGGGAAGAAUUGUUUAGCGGUAAAGAAAAAUGAUGAUGUUGAAAGUAAAGAUUUAAAUUACUUAAUCCUUUUGAUGCCUCUUCCUAUGUAGCUUUUCACUUCAACUAUAAUAGUUACAACAUAGAAGAUAUUCUUAUUCUUUGUGAAGAACCUACGCCUAGAAGCAGAUUCCAUCUUCAUCUAUUUACUUCCCCUUGCUCUCGUCUUCAGGUUCCUGGGAUGGCACCUUGCGCAUCUGGCAUACCCAGACUGGGGCACAAGUACGCAAGAUUGACGCGGGAACACAUGCAAUUACGCUUUGUUUGUUGCCAACUGGUGAGAUCGCAACAGGCAGUCAAGAAGCGACGAUAAAGAUCUGGAAAUCUGAUGGAUCCCUCAUCCGGACAUUGGAGGGACACACGGAUAUCGUGAGGAAAAUACUGUACAACCCGACGGCGACCUGCUUGAUUUAUGGCUACGUACAACUACUUUCUUACACUCUCUGAUUGAGAUUGAGAAGGGAAAAAGGCAUUUUUGUCAAUGCGUGCGUUACACAUGUAUGUGGCCUUAUGCUAGAUUCUCAAGCGGUUCCUUGUCCUUCUGCACGUACUUACUUACACCUUUCAUAUAUCGAGUUGUAGCAACGACGCGAUGAUAAAGUUCUGGAGUUUAGACGGACUGGAAAUGACGCAGUUGCAGGGACACGAGAGUUUUGUUUUCGACAUCUGCCUCGCUUCAGGAAAUCAAACCAGUAGCGACUUCCCGAACAAACUGUUUAGCGGAGCGGACGAUCGAAUGGUAGGAAAGUAGGUUUGAUUCAGAUAUUCAUAUCCUAGACGCCUGUGAUGAGCAUGAUAAGAAUGAAUUUCUCGUCGUGAGCUACUUGUAUUUUUUGAAGAUGUUAGUUUUACUAUUAUGCAAACCACACGAGCACGUCUUCAACCACAGCUGAAAGUAUGGAACCUCGAUAACACUGCUGCGGCACCGUUGCAAUCGAUUUUACAUGCAAAUACGAUUUGGGCUGUCUCAAGUUUGGCCAAUGGUGAUGUUGCUACCGCUUGUGCCGAUGGCGUCGUUCGAGUGUGGACCACUGAGUCUGAUCGCUUUGCUACAGAGGAACUGCGAGCCAAAAUGUCCUCAGAAGCAGUGUCCGCGGCAGCAGAGGCCAGCAAGCAGGGUGCAGCUGGAGUUUCACUCAUUAUGCAGAAGACACUUAUAAAUUGUGAUUCUGAACAAGCAGUUGCAGUAUCUCUAGCAGAAGAAGUUCUUGACAAUCCCGCCUAUGUCCAGCCGAAAUAACUACAGUUACUUCUACUUCGUCCGCGUCGAAGACGCUGGUCUUCUUGAUUUUACUACACCAUUUUCAUGCCCACAACCUCUAAAGACAAAGACGUAGCAGACGUCUCAGAUAUGCCAAAGACUAGAGGUAAAAAGAACGGUGAGAUCAAAAUGUUUAAAACGGGAUCGACGAUAAACGCGUACUCGUGGAACGGACGCGAGUGGGAUUUGAUAGGUGAAGUUACAGGGAGACCGCGGACAGCCUAUGAGGGAGAUCAGUUUUUUCCCGCUGGCGAGUACGACUACGUUUUCGACGUGGAAGUGGGCGAGGGUGGUCGUACGGCGAAACUCCCAUACAACGAAGGCGAUAAUCAACUGGUGACGGGUGAGAAGUUUUGUUAUGGACCUCACUAGGUAGUGCAUCUAUGUUGGUAGUGCAUUUAUGUUGGUAGUGCAUUUAUGUAGGUAGUGCAUCUAUGUUGGCCCUCACUAGGUAGGUUGAAAAGUAUGAGAGAGGAUUUCACUGCGGUACUCUUCAGGGAUGUAGUUGGGAGAGGGACAAUUCUGGAUAGCUCUAAGUUUGCGCAAGAGAAGGAAUUCACAAAAGUAUGCUGGAGCAGAUAACCCAGUUCUUGCGGCAGCAGACGGGCUCGGCGGGGGGAGCAAAUAGAGCGGUAUUUGUAUUUGAUCGUACUAGACUUCUGCUGCCACGAGCAAGUCGCUUUUAGCCCAUCAUCAUCGUGAUCUUCCUGCAAAUAGAGGAAAACUAACAUCACUAGCUCACAUCCAUCUCUUGUUAUACUGUUUCACACUUGCACUUGCACAACUCCUUCUACAUUCUCCCCUACAACUACACAGCCAACGCUUGAGCAGCGUGCUGGCAACGGGCACACACCCGCUCAAAAUGGUGGCACAACUGGCUCGUCUACCUCCUCUAGUGCGCCAUCGAGGCCGAAAAUGAAGCAUUUUCCUGUAGACCAGGCACAAUAUUUCGACCAAGGCAAGCUCGAAGCAGCGCAAGCGAAAAUACUCGAGUUCAAUGCGGAAUUUGAAGAUGGGAAUACAGAAAUGAAGAUGGACACAAUCGAUAUUCAACACUUCGAAGAAGCAAUUAAGAAAUUGGGAUGUACUAAAACAGUUAGACAAGUACAAAAACUACUUCUUUUCCCACUACGGAGGUUUCGAAAUCGAAGAGAAGUUUUGAUUCGUUGAAAGAAGAAGAGCAAGAUUGAUUACCUACUUGUUCAUGUUGUUCUCUUCAUAAUACAAUGUCAAUGCAUUCCUAUUCCUAAUGAUCCUAUAUAAUUCGACUAUUCAAAAUCAUUAACAUUGAUUGGUUCUCUUUCCGUUUCAAUCCCCACGACUUCUCCCAUCUAGAAGAUAUCCUUCCCCACCUACCACUACCACAGCCCGAGCAUCGAAAGAUUUCAGGCCUAUCGAGCGGGAUCUGAUAUGGAAAAAAUGUGGUAGUUGGCCAGAAGAAAAGCUAUUUCCAGUAGUAGAUGUUUGGCGACUGUUUCUGUUACAUCCUGGCAGUGCAGAUAUCUUCAAAGGAACCGACCGUGGCUACAGCUAUAUCAGCUUCGUCUUAAAGCUGCUCAAGAAGAACUUGAAGACGCCAUUAGGUACUUAAUCAAGUUAGGGAUAUCUUUUGGCUCUUUCUUCCCUUUAAUCAAACGCGGGCUAGGAAGGGUUAGUGAGGGGUUGAGAUAUUAUGUUUGAACCUUUCAUCUGGAAAAAAAUGACAGUAGUAGCUGCGUCUGCGGCGAUUCCCUUAAUUAUAUCUCUCUACUCGACUGACUCUGACUCCCUCCUUAUUUCUACUGACCCUCAUUUCCAAGUCUUCAGCCUCAGCAGGUGACGUUCCACUCAGUAUCUAUCAAGGUGACCUCAGCUUCAGCUACCUCCUCUAUCGUCUCCACUUACAGGUAUAUCCUGCGCUAGGUGGUUGGCGAACGUCUUUGCGUCGUUUACGGCGCGAUCCGUUUUGUUCGACAAGCGUGGUUUUCUCAUCGAGGGUCUGCACGAAAUAGCGCAAGGAUGCGACGGGGAUGCGAUGCAUAAGCUGGUGAAGCUCUCGCUUGCUAUUAAGGCUUACAACAAUUACUGUCUUCUUAGUUUAUUUUGAACUUUAUUUGUUUUUACAACUGAGUCAGACUGUUGACUGACACUGAGUAGAAAUACAUGGAUGACGAGAUACUAAAAAGUUCGACAAGGAAAUUAUCGAAGUCGGCUUCUCCUCCCCUCCAUCGUUCUUAUCUCCCAUCCCCCCAUCUUCUAACCUCCCAUGCCUGAUGAACCUUAGUAUGGUUUUCGUCGACCGUAAGGAUCUCAAGGGUCGAUCAGAAUUGCUGGAUUUGUUCGCAUUCUACCUUUCUGGACCCUUGGGAGGUGCUGCAAAACCCGAGGAUGGCGAAGCAGUGUAUCGAAUUUUAGUAGGAGUAGGGAACUUCCUCUUCGACCAAAGUGUGAAACUGAGCUACGACUUCGCGGGAAAGCUGGCACAGGUAGUUUCAGGCUGUGGAGCAAAAGCAAGUGAGGCAAAAGUCAAAGAAAUAUGUGCAGAUUUGACGAAGCUAGGUCCGGAGGUGCAAGGAGGGGAAGAUAAUGGAAAACUAACUGGUUAAAGAUGACUAGUAGCAGUGAGAAAGGACAACAUGAUGUUGUUGCGUUUGCGAGGAGCUUUAUUUUGGCCCAUCUAUCAUGCUAAGAUCUAGUGGUCGACGUCGAUAAUGAUUUUUUUUGGUUUCAUCUUCAUAUUGAUGUGGACAUUUGACCAAGCUUACUUACUUUCACCUGCGCCAAGACGAAAGACAAAGUGGAGUCGUCCGCGGCACAGCAGCAACAAGUGGGAGGGGUGCCUCCACUGCCCUCGCUAUCAGACACAUUUCCUAGUAAAUAUCUUUGCGUUGAGGUAAACAAGAUCACAAACAAUAAGAUGAGCAUCUUCCCUCAAAACGACAAAAUAUGACUGUUAUGUGACAGCACACCAUAUAAUCCCAUUCAACUAGGAUGAGGAGGUCUACACGACUAUAACUGGCUGUCGCUUUGCAUAUCCUGAAAUCCCCUAUUUUGGAAAGCCGUUCCAUUUGGUCGCGACUCGCUCCACUUGGUUGCGUCUCGUUUUGCGUCGUUCUCUUAUCCCUUGUGGGCAGGCCGCUGCGUUUUCAGAGCUACACACCAUGGUCCCACCUGGCUCUCUGCAGCAACAUCGCCGGCCUUGCCUACAGCGCGGACGCGGAAUUUGAAGGGGCGCGUCGAAAUCCGCAUUUUUUCGAAGAACGGAUGAGGAGGUCUACACGACUAUAAAUACAGCUUGGCUCCUCGCAUGACCCACCACGCGUACGCAUACGGGCGGUUCGGUUGUGACGUGUCCUCUACUUGUGAUGACGAUGUUAUUCUUGCAGGCAUGUUUCAUUUUUAUAGGAACUGGAACAGAGCAGCACAAAGAUAAAAACGAGAU